GCAGACAGAGGGAGAGGGGGGUAGAACGAGGUGCACACAUGUGAGGAUCUCCUGAACUGCCGGGGCAAGGCAGGACUGGUGAAGAGAGAAGAAGAAGAGGAGGAGGAAUAGAGGAAUACUGCAGCGACUGGCCAGCUUCUCUCUCUAUCUCUUUCUCUCUCUCUCUCUUUCUCUCUCUCUCUCUCUCUCUCUCUCUCACUCACUCUCUCACUCUCUCACUCUCUCUCACUCUCACUCGCUGCUUCACUGCUUUCAUCACCCUGUCUUCUUCAUCCAGUUCUCUCCCCCUCUGCCAAUUAUACCAUGAACCUGCCUGCUGCUUGUUGCUAAGGGGGAGCCAACCGGGGGAGCAGAGUGGACCAGGCAUUAUUUUGUAUCUAAGGACUGAGUGAAAAUGGCGGAGGGGUCCAGAGACCAGGCAGGUAUGGGCACCACUGAUCCAGAGGAGGACUCCCCCAAUAUGAUUGUCUACAGAAAGAUUGAAGACAUCGUUACACGAAUACAAGAUGAGAAAGCAGGAGGUGUAGCCAUCCGCACUGUCAAAAGCUUCCUCUCCAAGAUCCCCAGUGUGGUGUCAGGCGCGGACAUUGUUCAGUGGCUGAUGAAAAACCUCUCCAUUGAGGACCUAGCUGAAGCCAUCCACCUUGGGAGUCUGGUCGCUGCCCAUGGCUACAUCUUCCCCAUCUCUGACCAUGUGCUGACACUUAAAGACGAUGGAACCCUUUAUCGCUUUCAGUCUCCUUACUUCUGGCCCUCAAACUGCUGGGAGCCUGAGAACACAGACUAUGCCAUUUACUUGUGCAAGCGCACCAUGCAGAAUAAGGCCAGGCUUGAGCUAGCUGACUAUGAGGCCGAAAACCUCGCCCGGCUGCAGAGGGCUUUCGCCAGGAAGUGGGAAUUUAUCUUCAUGCAAGCUGAAGCUCAAGUCAAGAUUGACAGGAAGAAGGACAAGGCCGAGAGGAAGAUCCUGGACAGCCAGGAGAGAGCAUUCUGGGACGUCCAUCGGCCAGUGCCAGGCUGUGUCAACACUACAGAGAUGGACAUCCGCAAGUGCCGGAGAGAGAAGAACCCACACAGGGUAAAAAAGUCAGUCUAUGGGGUUCCAGAUGACGGCCAGAGCCAGCCGAGUCCCGUCCACAUCAGCUCCCAGCCGACCAGGAAGCCCACCAAAGACGACGUUCAGAAGGAGAUUACCUUCUUGAACAUCCAGCUGGACAGACACUGUAUGAAGGUUUCCAAAGUGGCCGACAGUCUGAUAAGCUACACGGAGCAGUUCAUGGAAUAUGACCCCUUCGUGUCGGUCACAGAGCCUUCCAACCCCUGGAUCAGCGAUGACAAUGCCUUCUGGGACUUGGAGGCCAGUCGUGACCCCAACCAGCAGCGUGUGAAGAAGUGGGGCUUCUCUCUGGAGGAGGCGCUGAAAGAUCCGUUGGGGCGAGACCAGUUCCUGAAGUUCCUCGAGUCAGAGUUCAGCUCUGAGAACCUGCGGUUCUGGUUAGCGGUGCAGGAUCUGAAGCGGCGGCCGCUCCAGGAAGUGGCCUCCAGGGCGCAGGAGAUCUGGCAGGAGUUUCUGGCCGAGGGAGCGCCGAGCUCCAUCAACCUGGACUCUCACAGCUACGAGCGCACCAGCCAGAACCUCAAAGACCCCGGACGAUACAGCUACGAGGACGCUCAGGAGCACAUAUUUAAGCUAAUGAAAAGUGACAGCUAUGCACGCUUUCUGCGAUCCAACAUCUACCAGGACCUCCUGUUAGCCAGAAAGAAGCAGCCAGCAGACACUGAACAGGGCCGCCGCACCUCCCUGGAGAAGUUCACCCGCAGUGUGGGCAAGUCAUUGACGGGAAAGCGACUGACAGGCCUGAUGCAGUCAUCCUGACACAGCCUGUGCUGGGGGGGCACAGCCAGAAGCUGUUGGAGGGGUGACCGCCCAGCAGGGGCCGGGGCAGAGAGAGUGGAGGUGAGCUGGGUGCUGCUCCGAGCACUGGGCCUGCUGGGGUGAACGCCCCACACAGAACCACUGAGGAAGAGACAAUGCUGACAAGGGGAACCUCAGCCAACACACCACAUGGCAUGCAGCAUACAGUAUAAGCACAUUCAGACUAGGGCUGCCCUCUUUUCAUCACUUAGUCGGCAAACUGGUUGUUAGGCGACUAAGCUGAUCCGUUUAUAAUGUUUUCAUUUUGUUUUAUAUACGUGUUUAUUGGAUAUUAAAAGCACAUCUGUGGUGUCGCAACAA